AUGUACUUCACUCUCUAUUUCCUCGUCACCCGCCUCCCUGGCACUCUUAGCUCCGUCAGGGACCACUUCCUAGCCCUAGACCCUACCACUCUCACUGUCGCCGACUUUGAGAAGCACCUCCUAGCAGCAGAGAAGAACAUCCUCGCUGUAGGUGCUGCUCGUGGUACUCCUCGCUCUCCCCUCUUUGAGGGAUGCUCCCCCUCCCCUCUUACCCCCACCUACGCCUCCGCAGCUGCUGCUGUCAACUUCCUUGGUGCCGAGAAGGUCGCAGCUGCUUCCGCUCCUAGUGCAAAGCGCAGCGGCUCCAAGGGAGGCAAGGGUGGCAGGGGUGGCGGACGUGGCAAUGGAGGGGGCGGUGGUGGAGGUGGCGGGGGAGGUGGAGGUGGUGGGGGUGGUCGUGGGGGUGGCGGUGGUGGUGGGGUCAGUGGUGGUGCCAAGAGCGGUGGCGGUGGCGGCGGCGGUGGUGGCAGAGGGGGGAGUAGUGGUGGCAGCGGUGGUGGGGGCUUGGGUGACACCGGUGGUCCUCGCGCUGGUCGCCAGUGCACAGGGUUUCAUACUGAGUACCGCUGCUUCGCUCGGCUUAGCGACGCCUCGCGCGUCAAGUUUCCUGAUGCUACUGAGUUCCCCAACUGGGCAGACCUGCUUAGGCGUGAUGUACCUAUCUUUGAUCUUGACUAUGAGGCUAUUCUUGCUGCCAUGUAUGCAUUGACUGUUAGUGCUGAGGGUGACUGCUACUUGUGUGUGCUGCCUGAGCCCGGUAUAGCCCCAGGUAUAGCGCCUGUGGCACUAGGUGCUUGUGAGUCUGCUCCCCCUGGUACUGCGUCCGCACAGGCCUUGCACACCUUCACACUUGACUCUGGUGCUUCCCGCUGUUUCUUUCGCGACAGCACCAUAGUCACUCCCCUCCCUGCACCUGUCCCUGUCUCACUGGCUGAUGUCAGUAGAGCUACACUGUGA